AUGCAAGCAAACGCCGGGGCGACGACGCCCUCGGAGCCUCCGCAGCUCCCUUACUCUUUACGCACGCGAAAGAAGGCCAUCGCUUUCUUCUGGAUUCUUUUCAUCAUUGAUACAAUGGCUCAGCCGCUCGUCCUAUACUGGACGCUGUGGUAUGCCACCGACCUCUCACACAACGUGGUCUUCAGUAUUGUGACUGCUUCUUUGGGAGGUAUCUCUGUUUUCGAGUACUUCUAUCGGCUAUACAACCUCUUCCGCAAGGAUUCGCGGGCUCGCCCACUAAAUGCACCGAAAGGAUGGUUGGACUUCUUCCAUAUCAACUUUACCAUUGUUUGGCUGAUCCUCGCAGUGGAAUUGAUUGUAGGAACGGUACCUAAAGAGCCAUACGUACGUCUCGUCGCCAUGGUCCUCCCAACCGUUAUGUUCUACUUUGGCGGAGUCUACCUCGCUCUCGAUAUUCUACGCGCAUGCGGCGUCAAAGCACCCUUCCGUAUCUCCUCCACACCCAAAGGCUCGACAAUGCCUACGGCCCUAUACGUGCUCAUUGAAGAUGUCGUUGCGGUGGAUGGAGGAGGCGGACAGAUCUAUCGAUAUGCGCUCCGUACACGAUACCUUGCCAGCCCAUACUUUCGUCGAAUGUUGUUUCAGAUGAAUUGUUUCUGGGCUGGAGGAUCCGUGGUCUGCGCUGCUGCAAUCACCGCGAUCAUAUUCACUGUCGAGGAGUCGGUCGCCUAUACUCUGGGAUGGACACUUCCUUUCGCGUGGGCUGGUGUCUGGACUUUGAUAACCAUACCCUGGGUCCAGAGCGACCUUCGACGCGAAAGACAAUCGUGGGGUAUGAAUCACGGCGAGGGUGGCGUAGCGUUCACCGACGACCCGAAUGCGCCCUCUGCUCGUACGCGACUCGAGAGCGUUCAUGAUCGGUUGCCGAACUUCUUUCCUUGGGGUCGGGAAAAACAAGAAAAACAAUCUGCGCCAUCCACCCCAUCCGCCCAUUCCUGAGUAUCUCAAACAGGGUUGAUGUACUCCUCGAUUAGUUCCGACGCAAAAACAUCGCUUGAUUAUACGAAUCGUUUCGACAUUCCUGGUCAUACGCAGGAUGAGUCAGAAUUCAGGUUCUUCAGAACAUACCCCAUAUCAACUCGAAUCGAGCAACAGACCCCACCUUGAAGGUUACGAAAAUGUUUAUGAUGAGACUUACGACGGCUGUGCCGAUUUUACCUGUACAUAUAGAUACCCGGGCCUUUACUUCGAAGCGACUUGCUUGCAGUUGCACCCUGUGUUAGGAUACUUAGAUUUAUUCUCGGUUUGAGCAUUCUCUGUAAAUAAUGAUAUAUAAUAUUAAGGUUGUGAACUUUGCCGACCAGCAGCAG